AUGAUGGAUGAAAGUGAAGAUGUGGUCGAAAAUCUGCUCACUGAGUAUGCCAUACAGCUUAGCAUUCAAGAAUCAAAUGCAGCCAAACCACGAAUGUCCAGCUUUAGUGACAGUUUUGUGCCACCUAGUGAAGAAAAUAGGAAAAUUGUAACAGCCAUAAAGGAAGGUCAGAUAUUUGGGCUCCAAGAUCUUGUGAAAUGGAAAUAUGCUUUGGAUGAAGCUGAUGAAAGAGGAUGGUUUCCUCUGCACGAGGCUGCAGCUCAGCCAAUUCAGCAAAUAUUGGAAAUUAUUUUAGAUGCAUCGUAUAAAACAAUGUGGGAAUACAAAACAUCUGAUGGAGAAACACCGCUAACUUUGGCAGCCAAAGCUGGCUUUGUGGAAAACGUCCGAGCGUUGCUGGAAAAAGGUGUUUGGCCCAACACCACGAAUGACAAAGGCGAGACUCCACUCCUGAUUGCUGUAAGAAGUGGUUCUUUUGAAAUGGUCUCUACUCUGAUUAAACACAACUGCAGGAUCCACCAGCCAUGUGUAAAACGUUGGUCUGCAAUGCAUGAAGCUGCAAAACAGGGACGCAAAGAUAUUGUUUCUCUUCUUCUGAAGAACGGUGGAAAUGUGAACCUUAAGGAUGGGUAUGGAGUAACACCAUUAGGUGUUGCUGCUGAAUAUGGUCACUGCGAUGUGCUGGAGCAUCUCAUUCAUAAAGGUGGUGAUGUCCAGGCCUUAGCAGAUGAUGGUUCAUCAAUACUAUUUGAAGCGGCAGGAGGAGGAAAUCCAGACUGCAUAUCGCUUCUUCUGGAAUAUGGAGGAAGUGGCAACGUGCCCAAUAAGGCAGGACUGCUUCCCAUACAUAAGGCAGCUUAUGAGGGGCAUUACCUGGUCCUGAAGUAUCUCAUUCCAGUCACAUCCCAAACUGCAAUCCAGAAAAGUGGGAUAAGCCCUGUUCACUCAGCUGCAGAUGGCCAAAAUUCACAGUGCCUAGAGCUCCUUAUUGAAAGUGAUUUUGAUGUCAAUACUGUCUUGGAUGAUCACAUCUCAAAUAGUUAUGAUGAUGAAAGGAAAACUGCACUCUAUUUUGCUGUUUCUAACAAUGACAUUCUUUGCACUGAAAUAUUACUGAAAGCUGGUGCAAAUCCGAACAAGGAUCCUUUAAACUGUCUUCUUGUGGCAGUAAGAGGUGGUAACCACGAAAUAGUAAGGCUGCUUCUAUCUUAUGGAGCAAAUGUCAAUUGUUACUUUAUGAUGGUUAAUGAUACGCAUUUUCCCAGUGCCAUCCAGUAUGCCUUGAAUGAUGAGGUGAUGCUAAGGCUGUUACUGAAUCAUGGAUACAAUGUGGAGUUGUGUUUUGACUGUAUGCAUCAAGAUGUCUUCGGAAAUUCUUUUGUGUGGUCAACUCCAGAGGAAGAGAUUCUGCCAGGGUGGACUUCUUCUGUAAUAAGGGAUAAUCCAUUCUGUGACUUCAUCUCUGUUCCGUGGUUGAAACACUUAGCAGGAAAAGUUGUUCGUAUUUUUAUAGAUUACAUGGAUUAUGUUCCACUAUGCACAAAAAUUAAGUUUGUUCUAGAAACACAGAAGGAAUGGACAGAGAUACGCCAGAUAUUGGACAAUCCUCGCCCAUUGAAACAUCUGUGUCGCCUGAAGAUACGUAAACUCCUGGGGUUGUGGAGACUGCAGAAGCUGUCAUCCAUGAAGAAGUUUCCACUUCCACCAGUUCUCCAGAACUACAUCCUAUAUAAAGAAUAUGAUCUGUAUGGAAAAGAGAUACAUUCAGAAUAG